UAUAAAGGAAUAGAAUUCUGAAUUUUACAAACAAUUUUCUUAUUAGGUAUUAUGUCAAAUUCGACAGUGAAUGGAUUACAAAUUCCGCUUUUUAUUCUCAUACAUUUAAGCCUUGCAUUUUUUUAUUUAGCUCCCAAUGUCAAUGGCGAAGCUUGGUGUUUCAAGUGCGAUGAAUUGGCAAAUUGCAAAGUUCCCACGACUUUUCUAAAGUACGUUCAUGAGGAGGACGAGGGCAAGAUAGUUAGAAAGACAACUGGCGAUUCCUCUAUCCCAAAAAUGGAUAGAUGCCUGAGUCCCGGUUACAAAAUAUCUGGCUCUGUACUAAAUACUAUAUGCUCUGGCAGUGUAGAUGGUAUGUGUCACGCAAUCGGCGCAAAGUCAAAAAACCCGAAGGCUGCAGUAGUGCAUUGCAAACUCUGCGACAAACAUUGUCAGUGUCGAGAAAAACGCGACGGCGGCGACGGCAAGGAAGACAAGGAACGCAAGAAAAGCAAGGAAGACAAGGGAAAUGCUCUAAAAGAAAACGCUAUAAUUGUAGUAAUAUGUCUGGCGGCCUUUUAUAUUCUCGUAUAAUAUACAUCAUUUUAAACCGCAA